CGUUGAGGCCACAAAACGGCAAAAUAUCUGACUCGUGACUCUCGAGUGCAGCAUCGUGAGUAGCAUCGUGCAUUACUAACAAUAUAAAAACCAUUCCACGAUUUGUUCGAAAGGGCCGAUUCUCUCCUCCGCAUCAGUGGCCGUUCAGAGAUCAUCACCCGUCGAGCUUCUUAUCCCAGCUUCUUCCGUCCCCGCCGCUCACAACCCUGAUCUCGCGAUGCCAUGUCAAAAGAGCGGGGUACGGGCCUUGGGUAGAACGCGGGGUCCUGGUACCUGCGGCGAAGUGAGACUUUCCCGGAGAAUAUAAACAUAUAGAACGCGAUUCCCCGAGUGUCAAGCCGUGGUUCAGUACUCAUAGUAUUGUUUAGUUGGCAACUCCUUGUUCAAGCAACAAGGUUGAAUUCCAGUAUGGGAUAUCUCUUCCUUACUGUCGCAGCAGUAGCUGCCUCUCUCUUCACGUCUGCCCAGGCGCAAUGCCCCGACUAUUCAGAAUAUUCCCAGCAGAUCCACCAGCCGGUGAGCUCAGGGAAAUACCGGCUCUCGUACAUGCGACCAGCCCCUGCGUGUCGAACGUUCAACUCAACGGCCGUGGAAGACACGAUCACGAGCAUGCAGAAUGUAAUCAAGGAUCCUGAUCUCUACCAACUGUUCCAGAACUCAUUCCCCAACUCUCUCGAUACGGCAGUCAAAUGGAAGGGCUUCUCUGCGAAUAACCCUGAGGAGGAAUUGACCUUCCUGAUCACGGGAGAUAUCAAUGCGAUGUGGUUACGAGACUCGGCGAACCAGAUGCAAAGUUACCUCAGUCUCCUGACCGCAGACAACAGUACCGACUCCCUUGCCAGUUUAUAUCGCGGUGUCAUAAACCUUCAGGCGCGCUAUGUGCUUGAAGCUCCUCACUGCAAUUCUUUCCAGCCACCUGUUGAGUCUGGUCUGAAAGCAACCCAGAACCAGGCUUUACCUGAUGAGUUUUACCCUCCGGUGUCAAACCUAACGGUUUUCGAAUGCAAGUUUGAGUUGGAUUCUCUAGCUGCGUUUCUCGAAAUAUCAACAGACUACUAUGAGCAGACUGGAGACAUCGAUUUCUUUCGGAAAUUCCGAUGGGUAGACGCGGUGGAGACCAUACUCAAUACGACGCAGGCAUUGCUCAUCGGAACAUACGCAUCGAAUGGCUCCGUCAACGCGAGUCCGUAUACUUGGGAACGGACAACUACGAGUGGAACGGAAACUCUGGAUAACCUAGGAAGAGGCAAUCCCGUACAGGAUGGAACUGGAUUGGUGCGGUCUGCUUUCAGACCAAGCGAUGAUGCAACAAUCUACCAGCUAUUUAUUCCCGCCAAUAUGAUGUUUUCACGGUAUCUGGACUCAGCCUCUAGGAUUAUGGCUGCUAUUGGUGGGCAGAGAAAUCUUGCAAACCACAUGCAUAACUUCGCACAAAGUAUCCGGGCAGCAAUUACCACCCAUGGAAUUGUGAAUGAUCCCACCUACGGGCAAAUAUAUGCGUUUGAAGUUGAUGGCUUUGGCUCGCGGAAUCUCAUGGACGACUCCAAUGUCCCCAGUCUCCUCAGCGCCCCUUUCCUGGGCUACUUGAAUGUCACUGAUCCCAUCUACCAAAACACCCGGAAGUUCAUACUCAGCAAAGAUAACCCCUAUUUCAUGCGCGGGCCGGUUAUAAAUGCCGUUGGCGGCCCACACGCCGGUUUUGGUCAAGCUUGGCCCAUGGCAAGCAUAAUCCGGAUUUUUACCUCCUCCGAUGACAACGAGAUCAAAACUGCCCUCCAGGAGAUUGUCAGCAGUACGGAUGGACUAGGACUGAUCCAUGAGAGUGUCAAUUCGUUUAAUCAAUCGAUAUGGACGAGACAGUGGUUUAGUUGGGCGAACGGGCUCUUUGGACAAUGUUUGCUGGAUCUGAAGACCAGGAAGCCAGAAAUCUUGGGGGCGAGCUUCCAAGGCUAAUUAGGAAUGAGGCUUGAUUAUAAUGAAAGCUCAAAGGAUAAGCAACCAAGCAUCUUUUAUGAGGCAUUGGGAAGCUGUGCUAAACUAAUAAAUAGCCUUAAGUUACCUCUUAUCAGAAUAUUAACUAUAAUCCUACACCUCAUACCGUCAUCGAGAGAAG